AUAGGGUGUGCCCAUCAGUGUGCCCCCUUACAUUAGGUGUCGCCAUCAGAGUGCAACUUUGCAUCAUGUAUUCCCAUCACAUCAGGUGUGCCCAUCAGAGUGCCCCUUUACAUCAGGUAUCCCCAUCACAUUGCCACCUUACAUCAGGUAUCCCCAUCACAUUGCCACCUUACAUCAGGUAUCCCCAUCACAUUGCCACCUUACAUCAGGUAUUCCCAUCAGAUACCCCUUUCUAUCAUAUUCCCCAUCAGAGUGCCCCUUUACAUCAUAUUCCCCAUCAGAGUGCCCCUUUACAUCAUAUACCCCAUCAGAGUGCCCCUUUACAUCAUAUUCCCCAUCAUAGUGCCCCUUUACAU